CCAAUCAAUACCCACUUUCUCCCCUCUUUUAAUCCGUCCGUGUAAUUCGAUUCUUCGUCGCUAAGAAUACAUGUAACUCUCGUUGUCUCUAUAAAAUGCCUCUUCAAUUCCUCCUAUCUUCCUCCAUCAUCACUCUCUCGCUAAUCUCCAUCAUCACUAUAUCAUCAUCUAUGGCAGAAGCCGAUUCAUCUGUUCCCAAAUCUGUAUCAGCGGCAGUCCAUAUCGUUUACACCGAGCGACCUCAACAAGAAGAUCUCGAAAUCUAUCACCUUCGCACCCUCUCUUCAGUCCUCGGAAGCGAGGAGGCAGCAAAAGGGGCUUUGUUGUACACGUACAAACACGCAGCUUGUGGAUUUUCUGCAAAACUCACUCCUGAACAAGUUGAAGAUCUUUCUAAACAACCAGGUGUUCUCCAGGUGGUCGAAAGCAGGACUGUGCAGCUCCAUGAUUCACCUGUAAAACUCUCCCACUUCUAAAGAUCUACAAUAGGGUUGAGAUUCUGUUGGCUAAAUGACUAUGACUGUUUUACCCUUUUAAUCUGUUGUUAUGUUUAAAUAUAUAGUAUAUGACAAUGGUUACGUUUUAGUGGUGUUACAUGAGUGUUCUUGUCUUUAAAUACAGCGAAAAUGACUUUGAAGUGUAUUGAACUAUCACUUUUAAACUUUUGUAUAUGUUUAGUCAUUAUGUUUGUGUACACGAUUUACUA